AUGAAACUAAUCGGUAUAAUAUUAGAUACAGAAUUGGAAUUUGAUAUACGAAAAUUAGAAAGUCUUGGUUUAUCAUCACAAGAAGAACGUGUUCCAUGGAUAUUUUUCGCAACAUUUUCUAACCAAUUACAGCAAUUAGCAAAAUAUGUCCUUCGUGAAGAUUAUACUUUUUCCUAUGAGAAUGCAAAUGUCGAUGUAGCACAUACAAUAGAAGAAGUACCAUUUACAAAGAAACAAGAUUAUGAUUUACCAGAUACAAGUGAUUUUGAUAUUCGUCGUAUUGGUCGAAUAAGUCAUGCUGGUUAA